CGUAUUGGCCAUUCACAGGCUAAGAUCAGUACAAGCCCCGCCCACUGGACAAGCCGCCUACAAGGCUCAAGAAUAACAACCUUCCCAACGGCUUUGCUGUCUAGCUUCAAUUUAGUCCAUCUUUCUGAUUAUUUAUAACCGAUCACUAAAGUAAAGCUUUCGGAAUGCCGCAGAAGAUCAAGGCUGGAUCUGUUGUGGAGCUGCAGGGAGAUGAGAUGACCAGAGUGAUCUGGGAGCUGAUUAAAGAGAAGCUCAUCUUUCCUUACCUGGAGUUAGACCUGCACAGCUAUGACCUGGGCAUUGAGAACCGUGAUGCCACUAAUGACCAGGUGACGGUGGAUGCUGCAGAGGCGGUGCGUCGCUACAAUGUGGGCAUCAAGUGUGCCACCAUCACUCCUGAUGAGAACCGUGUGGAGGAGUUCAAGCUCAAGCAGAUGUGGCGCUCUCCCAACGGAACCAUCCGGAACAUCCUGGGUGGCACCGUCUUCCGCGAAGCUAUCAUAUGCAAGAACAUCCCACGCCUAGUCCCCGGCUGGACCAAACCUAUCAUCAUCGGUAGGCACGCCCACGGAGACCAGUACAAAGCCACAGACUUCGUUGUUCCUGGGCCUGGAAGAGUAGAGAUGACGUACACACCCAAGGAUGGAGGGAAGCCUCUUAACUUUGUUGUCCAUGACUUUGAAGGCACCGGUGGCGUGGCUCUGGGCAUGUACAACACGGACAAGUCCAUCCGCGACUUCGCUCACAGCUCUUUCCAGAUGGCGCUGUCCAAAGCCUGGCCUCUGUACCUCAGCACCAAGAACACCAUCCUCAAGAAAUACGACGGUCGCUUCAAAGAUAUCUUUCAGGAGAUCUAUGAGAAGGAAUACAAGUCUCAGUUCGAGGCCAAGGGCAUCUUGUAUGAGCACAGACUGAUUGAUGACAUGGUGGCCCAGGCCAUGAAGUCUGAUGGAGGAUUUAUCUGGGCCUGUAAGAACUACGACGGAGACGUGCAGUCCGACGCUGUGGCUCAGGGUUACGGCUCUCUGGGCAUGAUGACCAGUGUGCUGGUGUGUCCUGAUGGACGCACAGUGGAGGCUGAAGCUGCUCACGGCACAGUUACACGUCACUAUCGCCAACACCAGCAGGGCAAGGAGACGUCCACUAACCCUAUCGCCUCCAUCUUUGCCUGGACGCGAGGGCUGCUUCAUCGGGCCACUCUAGAUAAGAACGAUGAGCUACGGGUCUUUGCUCAGGCUCUGGAAGCCGUCUGCAUUGAGACCAUCGAGGCCGGAUUCAUGACCAAAGAUCUGGCCAUCUGCAUCAAGAGCAUGGCCAGUGUGCAGCGCGCGGACUACCUGAACACCUUCGAGUUCCUGGACAAGCUGGCGGAGAAUCUGAAGGUCAAGCUGUUGAGCCAACCCAAACUGUGAAGCCGUCCAUUAUACUCAACACACUCACGCUGUACACACUCAGACUCACAGGACUGACGCACUCAGAUCUCAACCCCUCGUCCAGUGCCAAUCCACAGGCAUGGUCAACCUCGUCUCCUGGUCUGUGCAAAGACACACAGGACCAUACCACUACUACCAGACGGGGGCACUUUCAGGAGGAAGAAAUGAAAGGGUACAAAGCGUUUUAAAGGGUUGGAGAUGGCAUAAACACAUACAGCACUAUAUAUAUAUAUAUAUAUAUAUAUAUAUAUAUAUAUAUAUAUAUAUAUAUAUAUAUAUAUAUAUAUAUAUAUAUAUAUAUAUAUAUAUAAAUUUUUUUUUUUUUUACUGUUUUAGCUCCAACUAGGAAUCCUGUACUUACUAUAUUAAUUUGAAUGCAUUCAAAGUGUCAGAUUUAUGCUCAAUCUAAGGCAUUGUUUUAAUGUUGUAAAGUUUAUAAUGCACUUGUAACAACAUAACAAAUUGACAUUUUUACAUUUCCCUAGGCAGUAAAUUAUGUAGGACAUGUUCUGGCCAGGCUGUGAGGCUGUGUCAGGGUUUUCAAACACUUGUUGCCUUAUAUACGUGUGUAUGUGUGUGUGGUGUCUUUUCUUAGAUCAUGUCAACGUAUAAAACCUAUCAAUAGUGGAAUAAAUUCAUUGAAAAUGUG